AUGGAAGCUCUGGGAGACGCUGAAACCCCCACCUCGGACACCCCCGCUUCGGACACCCCCACCCCUGGCACCCCGGCCCCUGGCACCCCCAUUUCGGACACCCCCACCUCGGACACCCCGACCCCUGGCACUCCGACCCCUGGCACCCCAACUUCGGACACCCCAGCCCCUGGCACUCCGGCCCCUGGCACCCCAACUUCGGACACCCCAGCCCCUGGCACUCCGGCCCCUGGCACCCCAACUUCGGACACCCCGGCCCCUGGCACUCCGGCCCCUGGCACCCCAACUUCGGACACCCCAGCCCCUGGCACUCCGGCCCCUGGCACCCCAACUUCGGACACCCCAGCCCCUGGCACUCCGGCCCCUGGCACCCCCAUCUCGGACACCCCGACCCCUGGCACCCCCACCCGCGGUAGCCCCGUCCUGGACACCCCCUCUGUCCCCGCCGCGGGGCCGGGGAAGGGCAGCGGGGAGGCGACGACUCCCCAGGGUGGGGAGGAAGCUCGGGAAGCAGAGGGCGAUGCGGGGGACACGGGGGGUAAAGGGAAGAACAUGGGGAGUGAAGGGGAGGAUAAGGGGGGAGAGGCUGCCGGGGAUGGCGGGGCAGAAACACCCAGGGGUGCCGGGGGUGAGGCCGGGGGUGGUGGUGACGAUGCCCAGGCAGGGACAACCGGGGGCACCGGAGGGGGUACCGAGGAGGGUACCGGGGGAGAAGCGGCCCCGGCAGCAGCGGACAGCACUCGGCGCCGACAGGAACCCACUUGGCUUCAGGACGAGGACGACGAGCUGUGGCCUGAGUUCCCUCCCUGCUCGUCCCCAGAGGGGGCCACCACCCCCACGUCCCCCACCACCCCCACAUCCCCCACGUCCCCUACAUCCCCCACAUCCCCUACGUCCCCCACAUCCCCGGCAUCCCCAACGUCCCCCGCAGCUGGCACCACCGAGGACGCGGGGGGCAGCAAGAGGUGUGUCCCCACAGUAGGACAGAGGCUGAGGCUGGAUGGGGCCGGGGGACGGCCACGAGUGGGGUCCCGGGCACAGGGGCGCUCUGCCAUCCUGGAGAAGUUCGGAGGGGCUGCCAAGGGCCCAGCCCCACACCUGCGGCGCUCAGGGGGGGCCGCCACGGUCAAGACGAUGCUGCUGGAGUGGUGCCGCGCCCGCACCCGCGGGUACCCGAACGUGGACGUGCAGAACUUCUCGGGGAGCUGGGGCAGCGGGCUGGCCUUCUGUGCCCUCCUGCACAGCUUCUUCCCCGACGCCUUCGACUUUGCUACCCUGGAGCCCAACGCCCGCCGGGACAACUUUGCCCUGGCCUUCGCCACUGCCGAAGAGCGGGCGGGCUGUGCCCCGCUGCUGGAGGUGGAGGACAUGGUGCGGCUGCCGGUGCCCGACGCCAAGUGCGUGUACACGUACGUGCAGGAGCUGUACCGCUGCCUGGUGGCCAAGGGGCUUGUGAAGACCAAGAAGCGCUGAGAGGGUCCCCCACAGCCCCCCACCUGUGCCAUCCCCCUCUUUGUACCCUGCUCUGUCACCCAGCAGUAAAGGCCAUCGUGCCA